AUGGAGAACCGGAAUGGAGGAAUUGAUGUCCAAUUGUACAGUCGUUCGAUCCUCGGGCUUUCAUCUUGCGUGGACUUCCCGUUCUCGUUGGAUGCGGGAGUUGGCGACGAGCUUAGGACAUCGUGCGUUUUCUUGUCGAGAUCGGCUGGGAGCCCGGAAAUCGUGGCAUCCUUGAUCGGAACCUUGAACCACUUGGAGUCAGCGGUUGGCGGCGCAGCCGUCGUCACUGUGGAGGCAAUGUUCGACGAGGACGAGUGCAGAACCUGUCUUUGCAAAUUCGAGUUCCUGCAACUGUUCGGGGCUCAUAUGGCAGUAAUGGAUUUUGUCGUUGAGAACUGUCUUGAUCGGCAAGAUAUCUUCGCUGUCGAAUCCGGCCUCGAUUCGGCGCUCAAGCAGUUUGAUGAUGAAAAUACACCGGUCCCAUUCGGUUGGCACAAAGAAGUAGUUCUCGCCAACAACCUCGGCAAUAACAGACACCGGGAUCUCGUCCCAGGCCUCGACACCCACCUCCCAGCCGUCAAUGGACAGUAUUCCCUUACCGUUCUGGAUAAUUCGCUCACUGGCAGAACCGUAGUUGUUGGUGACUGCAAAUUUCAUGAUAUCGGAGAUGUUUGA